CUGAGGGGGAAGGGCGUGGCCUGCCGUGAGGGCGGCCCAAGAUGGCGGCGCGGCCGUGGCCGCUGCUGCCGCUGCUGCUGCUGCUGGCGGGGCCGGAGCGGGACCCGGGCGGCUCCUCCGGGCGGCUCCGCCUGGGGCUGGGGCUGGGGCCCGGCCCGGCCCUCGGGUAUUUCCCCGAGGAGCGCUGGAACCCGGAGUCGCCGCUGCGGCCGCCGCGCGUGGCCGUGGCGCUGCUGGCGCGGAACGCGGCCCACGCGCUGCCGCUGGUGCUGGGAGGGCUCGAGAGGCUGCGGCACCCCAAGGACAGGAUGGCGCUGUGGGUGGCCGUUGACCACAGCAUUGACAACACCUCCUCGCUGCUGCAGGAGUGGCUGGGCCGCGUGCGGAGCCGCUACCACCGCGUGCUCUGGAGGCACCAGGAGGAGCCCACGUCCUUCCCCGACGAGGAGGGGCCCAAGCACUGGAGCCCCGCCCGCUACGAGCACGUGAUGAGGCUGCGCCAGGAGGCCCUGGAGGCCGCCCGGGCCAUGUGGGCCGAUUACCUGCUGUUCCUGGACGCAGACAAUGUCCUGGUGCACCCCGACGCUCUGGCCGUGCUGCUGGCUGAGAACAGAACCGUGGUGGCGCCGAUGCUGGACUCGCGCGCGGCCUACUCCAACUUCUGGUGCGGCAUCACCCCACAGGGCUAUUACCGCCGCACGGCCGCCUACCUGCCGAUCCGGCGCCGGGAGCGCCGCGGCUGCUUUGCGGUGCCCAUGGUGCACUCGACGUUCCUGCUGGACCUGCGCCGCGAGCGCGCGCGGCACCUGGCCUUCCACCCGCCCCCGCCCGGCUACGCCGGCCCCCUCGACGACAUCCUGGUGUUCGCCGCCGCCUGCCGCCACGCCGGGGUUCAGAUGUUCGUGUCCAACCGGGAGCAGUUUGGGUUCCUGCCGGUGCCGCUGCGAUCCCAGAGCUCCCUGCAGGACGAGGCCGAGAACUUCCUGCACGUCCAGCUGGAGAUCAUGGUGAAGCUCCCUCCGGCCGAGCCUUCCCCGCACGUGUGGGUCCCUCCCAAGGUCCUGGACAAGCUGGGAUUUGAUGAGGUGUUCCUGAUCAAUCUGCGUCGCCGUUCCUGGCGCCGGCUGCGGAUGCUGCGCUCGCUGCACGCGCUGGGCGUGGCCCCCAAGCUGGUGGAGGCCGUGGACGGGCGGGCCCUGAACCGCAGCCAGGUGGAGGCGCUGGGGGUGCGGAUGCUGCCCGGGUACCGGGACCCCUUCCAUGGGAGAGCCCUGACCCACGGCGAGGUGGGCUGCUUCCUCAGCCACUUCCGGGUCUGGCAGGAGAUCUCGGCGCGGGGCCUGCAGCGCUCGCUGGUGUUUGAGGACGAUCUGCGCUUCGAGGUUUUCUUCCGCAGCCGCCUGACGGAGCUGAUGGAGCAGCUGGAGCGGGCGGCCAUCGACUGGGACCUCAUCUACCUGGGCCGGAAGCGCCUGGAGCCGGAGCGCUCGGAGCGCGGCGUGCCGGGCGUGCGGCAGCUGCUGCGCCCGGGCUACUCCUACUGGAGCCUGGGCUACGCGCUGUCCCUGCGCGGCGCCCGCAAGCUGCUGGCGGCCGAGCCCCUGGGCAAGAUGAUCCCCGUGGACGAGUUCCUGCCCCUCAUGUUCGACCGGCACCCCAGCCCCGAGUACUCCCGGCACUUUUCCCGCCGGGACCUGCUGGCGUUCUCGGCGGAGCCGCUGCUGCUCUUCCCCACGCACUACACGGGGGAGCCCGGCUACGUCAGCGACACCGAGAGCGGCCCCGAGAGAGCCCCGGGCGGGGACCCUGGGAACGAGGAAUUCCCAUGGGAACCCCCGGAUUCCCAACCCUGGAGCCCCCCGGAGCCCCCCGGAAUCCGGGACGGGGGCGGGGACCAGGAAUUCCCAAGGGAAUCCCAGGAUUCCCAACCAUGGAAUGACGGCGACGCCCGCGACGAGCUCUGACCCCGGAAUCCCCAAAAUUUGGGAUUUUUGGGAAAGUUCCCUCAGGAAUCCCGGAAUUCCCAACCAUGGUAGGGCACCAAGAGCCCCCCAAAAAUAUCCCCAAAAUUUGGGAUUUUGGGGGGAAAAAUUCCCACAGGAAUCCCAACCCCAGUGUGACACUAAAAGCCCCCAAAAACAUUCCCAAAAUUUGGGAUUUUUGGGGGAAAAUUCCCUCCGGAAUCCCAGAAUUCCCAACCGUGGAACAACGGCGACGCCCGUGAUGAGCUCUGAUCCCGGAAUCCCCAAAAUUUGGGAAAAUGGCAGGAAAUCCCAUGGGAAUUCUGGAAUUCCCAACCAUGGUAGGACACCAAAAGCCCCCCAAAAAUAU